AUGGAGCUUUUUGCCAACGUCUACAUCCAGAUCUGCACUCUCAAUCCAAAAGUCGCCCUGCAUUCCAUGCUUAUGGCAUUAAAGCUUGGCCCUUUCAUUGAUAGCCUCUACCGACGACCUCCCACAAAUAUGGACGAACUCCGUGCCCGAGCCGCGGGGUAUAUCCAGAUGGAAGAACACGCUGAAUUCUGCAAGCAAGCUAAGGUCAGAAAGUAUGACUUAUACACCCCGCUGAAUGGACCUCGGGUGCAUAUUCUGGAAGAAGCUAGUAACAAUGACCUGAUCACCUUACCACCACCAAGGCAUAGCCCCAACCAUGCUGACAAAGCAAAGCACUGCUACUACCACAAGAACUACGACCACACCACUAAAGAGUGUCGAAUGAUGAGAGACCAAAUCGAAGAACUCGUCCAAGGAGGACACCUCGGACAAUUCGUCCAGAGAUCACAAUCUCACAAGGGUGGCCACCACGACCUUGGUAGAGGACGUGGACGCGGCCGCGGCUCAACCUUCUGUACAGACCAGUCAUUAGGAUCCCGCCAGAACAUGGGCAACACCGAACAACCCGAAGCGGAACAAGAGAGUGGGCAAGCCCCUUUGCGGGGCGUCAUAAACAUAAUAGUUGGAAGAUUUGCCAAAGAGGGACAGGUAGCUCUACCUGAAAGCGACACCUACGCAGCAUCAACAACGUCCACGUUGAUGCCUCAUGACCACCACUCUCCUCACCACCUAUAA